GAGUUCCAGAGAGACGCAGACGAGCUGCUGCUGUGGAUGGAGGAGAAGUUUAAGGUGGCGGAGGACGAGUCGUACCGCGACCCCACCAACAUCCUCCGAAAGCUGAAGAGACACGAGGCGGCGGAGAGGGAGAUGCAGGCCAACCAGGUCUGGCUGGACACUCUGGUCCAGCUGGGACAGGAGAUGCUUGCUGAAGAGCACUACAACAGCCAGAGCAUCAGGAGGAAAUCAACUCAGCUCGGCAGCCGGUGGAGGAGACUUCAGGACAAGAUGGCCGACAGAGGAGACAAACUGAGACAGGCGGGACAGCAGGAGCAGCUGAUGGAGCUGCUGCAG